AUGGCGCUUGGACGAGUUUUCUCGUCGUUGGCGCUUUCGGUCAUAGCUUUGGGCGCGGAGCCGCAGCAGCAGUGCAACGCCUGCGCUGAGGGUGACGAGGUGCAGUUUCUGCACGUUAAGGCCGUUAAGGCCGUUAAGGAGCACGGCAAGUCGGACAGCAAGAGCACGGAGAACAAGAACAGCAAGAGCGGGGGUGCUGUGGUGUUCAAAGUGUCUCAAGUGGACUGUGAGAAGAACUCGUUGCUAUCAAAGGGCAUCAAGACCUCGAUCCUCCUGGGAGGUGGAGCGAAUCCAGGCGCCGCGCGGGAAGUUGGCUACUUCCGUGCCUUGAAUCGGAUGGGCCUCCUGGACAAAAUCGAUCAGAUGGUUGAAGGCGCUGGGCUUGUCACCGCACCCCUGCUCUACGCAAAGGGCCUCACGUUGGAGGAGCUCCUCGGCCCCCCCACAAACCCUGCAGAUCUGACUCUUGCAAACAUCGCAAGUCCCAGUGGGAAGAUUCUCGAGGUGAUGACCUACCCAGUUGCUGCGUCCAUCGGUUAUGCUGCGGCGGCUUCAAGUCCCCUCUUGGGCUUGCCGGCGGUGUCGAAUGCUGAGUUCUUUGAGACGGUCAUCGCUCUGAACUACCUUUGCCCCUUCGGCCUCAAUGGGAAGUUGUUUGGGCUAGGAUUCAGCGUGGUCCCAAAUUUCGAGGCCACAGCCAUGGCUGCCCUGCAAUUGCCACCAUUGCCCGCCGGUUGCAAAGAGCAUCUGCUGAACCAGAACCAGGUCUGGGCCUUGGACGAGGCGCACCUCCAGAGGAUGGCGAGCCAGAACCCGGCUCUGGACAUGUCCGGCAACCUGACCAUCCAGAGGACGAGCGUGCGGAGCCACGUCAUCACCGGGGCGCUUGGGCCCCCAACAGGUCAGUACCCUUUGACACCCAAUACGCCGAACUUUUGGCUCAGCCCUGACCAGUGCGGAGUUCCCUUCUUCCCCUACGACCCGAUCUUCAAGAGCUUCGACUACCAGCCGAUCAACUCGAGUGAGGCUCCAGAAGAGGACGUCGUGUUGGGCGGGGGCGUGGUGGACUCCAUUGGCUGCUUGUCCACCAUGGCUCCGGCGGAGAGCCAGGAGCAGCAGGGCAAGACGGCGGAGGCCAAGAGCAACUUCACGGAGAGCAACGCAGGGAACGCGGCCCUGUUCACGUUGCAGGACGCAGUUGCCAUAGCCUCGAACGACUAUGACACGGCCGUCGUCUAUCAAACCACUGGGCUCCUUAACAUCCUGGAUGGCUUGCUCACCGCGGCAGGACAAACACGUGACCCAUCGGAUCCGUAUCCCGUGAAUCAGCAGAGGGUCUAUUGGCCAGUCGCCGAGCCUGGGAGGGGUGAUGUGCAGGAGAAGUCGCACUACGUCUUCAACGGAAAUGGCCGAACCGGCAACGGUAUCGUCCACGCCCUUCAAAGCGGAGCCGAGUGCUUCAUGGGUCUGACGGGGACCGGGAUUCAAUACGGUGGGGAUGCACGAGUGCAGACGACUCCAAUCCCGCUCAUCUCUGACUUCCUGGACUGCGGGUCCCUCAAGAUCACCAACUUCAGUGCAUGGGCUGCGUGGCUCAAACGGCCGCCCGUCGAAGUUCGACUCUGGGGCAUCGAGAAGGACAGCUCAUCAACUUCACUAUUCCCGAGGAGUCGAGUUUGCCUGGCUUCGAGUCUGCCCCGAGGCAGAUCUUCGAGCCUGGCAGCCUGUUCCCGCUACUUUGCCAGAUACAGGAGAGCUUUGACAACGGGGAGCCUGUGA